GCAAGUAGUCAGUAGAAGAAGAGUGAAGCUGCGAGCUGACAACUGACACAGACGGUGUCGACAACUUCCUGCAACGCUCCGUUGUUGCUAUGCAACCUGUCAACGACAAACAGAGUCGCUGGCCGCCAGGCAUGUCGUCAGGUUACUCGGCUAAUCAGUAUGAAAAUGCUUUCAACUCGCAGAAACUGCAAAAUUGGACCGUGCCGAAGCAUUUCAAGGAGAGGCCCUCAGCAGCAGAGGGUCACACCAUCUUCAUCGCCAGUGACCGAGGACAUCUCCUACCGGGAGUGAAGGCUAAGCGUGGCAGUGCGUGGCCAGAUUUUAAGGGGACAUGGGAGCUGCCUGCUCGUCUCCCUCCUGCCUCCAUCAACCCCACGGCUCGCUCUGAGGAGGGCAGACAGCGUCUCACACACACAUACAAACACUCACACACACACUCCGGACUUGACAUCCACACACACAUGGCUGACAAAACCACCACCACACCAGCCGCAGACAGUCAGAUGGAAGAGGUUCAGACCUGCAAUGCCCCAACCUCAGAGACCAGUCACAGGAGAAAGACCAGUCACUGGGCAAUCAGGUCGUGGGGCGAGACCUUUGACUCAAGCCUCAGAGAGAGAGAGCAGUGUCCCCUG